UAUCUUUGUGUGUUUGGUUUGAGGACAAAUUUGCAUCUUCCGGUCCUUUUGAAACUCGUUUCAUAAGCGGCUACACUACAGUUACAUGAUGUACAUACAGCCCGGCCUUUGACAGAAAGUACCCUUUUAUUUGGUAAGACAGGCAGACUGAGACUAGAAGAAUGUCUGAUAUAAAAUAUUGCAUGUCACCGUCUGUGACUGUGGGUGUCAUGUUGGUGGGCCUGCUGUACUCCAUCUGUUUAGCCUCCCAGUGGAUUUAUGGUUGGCCUGACAAGCCUGGGUAUAGGAAGUACAUAGAAGCUCUUAAUCCAAGGCGAAUAUAUCGUCUCAGCUUUGUUACACUGGAUCUUUUCAAAUACCUGCGGUAUGCGAGACUUUACUUUCAACUGAAGUCAUGGUAUAACGAUGAGAGGAACCUUAAGUAUUACAAAAAGGGCAUCACAUUUGGCCGCAGAGGCAACAAGCUGGACUUGUACCACCCUCCAAAUGUAGACAAGUUAGAAGAUAUGCCAUCACCUGUUGUAAUAUUUAUCUAUGGAGGUGCUUGGAGUUCAGGAGAAAGGUCCACUUACUGUUUACUGAGCAGGCAGAUGGCUGAAGAACUGAAAGCAACUGUAAUUUGUCCUGAUUACUGCACAUAUCCAAAGGGGAAUGUUUUAGGGAUGGUCCAAGAUAUCGCUGACUGCUUGAUUUGGGUCCACGAGAAUGGAGAGAAAUUCAACUUUGACAAAGACAACAUUGUAUUAAUUGGGCAUUCAGCAGGUGCACAUUUGUGUACACUCACCACACUGUUUCUUGUUGAUACAAGAGAGGAGCUUUCCAUAGAGCCAGACAAGCAGCAGGAAGUCUUGCUGUUAAUAAGAGGAAUUAUUGGUCUGAGUGGCGUCUACAACACUGUGGAGCAUUAUGAACAUGAACAGCAACGAGGAAUCGAAUACCUGUCUGACAUGCACAGAGCAAUGAAUGGUGUGGAAAACCUUGCAUUCUACUCGCCAACACACUUGCUGAAGAGGCUCAGCCAGGACAAAGUCAGCAGAUUGCCUCCAUUCGCUUUGCUCCAUGGGACCAAUGACAUUGUGGUUCCUGCUGAAUCUACCAUAAGAUUCUCUGAGCUUCUCACUUCACGCUCUGUUAAGUUGUCAUUGAAUCUGCUUCCCAGAGCGAGCCACACUGAUAUCCCCGUUGACCUCAUGAUAUCAAACAGACGCCUCUACCAUCCGAUCUACAGAUACAUCAAAGAAGAGUUCAGAAAACUUCUGGGUGCUUGGACUUCAUUAGAAAAAGAUUCAGAAAUCUGUAAUACAUACUGAAUGAUCUAUAUGUUUACGUUUUAGAGACUUGUUCUUAUACCUCAAAUGAACCAUUUAACUUUGAGUUUGAUUUGACUCUUUCUGAGUUAAUAACACUGUCAUGAUAUUUUAACAAUACUGUGAUUGUGUGGGAGAGUUGUUCUCUAUGCUGCUUUCAAAUAAAUAAUCACAAAGUAAAAUAAGUUGUGGACAAAUGUGCGCUUUUAAGAAUUGCACUGAUACACAGUAUUAAAAGUCGAAUACAGUUAACAAAUCUGUACCUGUUAUUUAAUUAUCAAAUUUUAGUUUUUUCAAGUGUUUUAUUUGAUACUCUAAAAGUAUGUGUAUAAUAUAUUGUAACAGCUCAUUAAUAACCCAAGUUUUAUUGACAAAUGAAGUACAGUCAUCAUUUUUUACACCUACUUAAUUUGGAAUUAUUAUGCCUAAAGCCGACUGGGUGUGUCGGUGGGGGUGGAGGUGUGGGACUUGAUUCACCUGAGGUAUGAAACCUUUACACAUCAUAUUCACUGUCUGACCUUUGACAAGAUAAACUGAUCACGUUCUUGUGUUUGCAAAAAAAAAAAAAGAAACACCUAAAGAAAUAAAAGCUGUUGUGAGAAACUCCU